AUGGAUGAAAAGCGCUCCAGUUAUGCGUCCUUCACAACUGCGAAUGCCAGCAACAUCCACAGCGCCAUAUUCAGCGCCUCCUAUAACUACUUAGUGCGGCCAUCAGACCUGGUCAGCGUUAACAUGGAAUUUGUGAUAUUCUCUGUUAAUGAAGUGGAUUUAAAGAAUCAAGUAAUAUCAUUGUCCGGGUGGCUGACAGUCAAAUGGCAAGAUGAUCGACUGAUAUGGACUCCAUCGUCAUAUGGGGAUAUCGACUUAAUUUACACGAAACCAUCCAAAAUCUGGAAACCGGAGCUUAUCAUUGAUAAUUCUGUAACUGGCAUGGAUCCCAUCGGUCAUGAUGAUCUGCUCUUCCGAGUAACAAACACCGGAGAAGUCCGCUGGGACCCGCCAGGACUCUACGACGUGCACUGUGAGAUUGAUGUCAGUUACUUCCCCUUCGAUUAUCAGACCUGCUACAUAGAGGUCGCUAGUUGGGUAUACAGCAUGGAUAAAGUGAACUUAACAAAGAUCCACGAUUAUCUGAACACGGAGGAUUACAACCAGAACGGUGAGUGGGAGCUGUACUCCACUUUCGUCCAGGAGUCCACGCUGACGGAAGACGGCGAAGUGUUCUCCUCUCUGGAUUUCGCCUUGAUUCUGAAGAGACGCCCCGGAUACUACUUGUCGCAGAUCAUAUUCCCAGUCCUGGUCGUCUCGCUACUCACCAAUAUAACAUUUCUGUUGCCGGCUGACUCGGGGGAAAAGAUUUCCUUCAUACUGACGGUCCUUCUCGCCCUGGCCGUGUUGCUGACCCUAAUUGGGGACAGUAUGCCCACGACGUCAAAUCACACUUCUAUUUUAUCCGUGUACCUUUCAAUGGUGUUGGCAGUAUCGGGUGUUGUGAUUCUCAUAACAGUCUUGAACCUGCGACUUUACCUAAGGGUUGACCAAAAAGACGUACCAAAGUGGCUCAAAAGGUUCACCAAAGCAGUAUUGCUUCCUAUUUCGUGCCAAAAGUCAAAGGUUGGUGAAAGUUCGAAGGUCGAGGUCCUAUCGAAACAGAACACCAACGUAGUACACGUUGAUAACCUUGAGGACGGCAACAUGUCUACCGUUAACAGCGACCCGAAGAAGAAAAAAACAUUGAAGCGAAUGAGUCAGAAAAAGCCAGAGGCGACAGAACAGGAUUUCUCAACCUCCAACGACGACGCUGAUUUCCCGUACUUAUGUCGUGACGUCUCGGGAUUUCUCGAUAUUUUCUUCUUUCUUUUCUUCAAUUUGGUGGUUGUCAUUCUGACCGCGAUUUUCAUGUUGAUACUUGUGUUUGGAUCAACGCCCCACUAUACUACAAAACACUAGUUACACGCACCUGUAAACCAGAGCGGUUAUAUUACGAGGUUUUUUUUCAGUAAUAGCUGUGAGGUUUAAAUUCAAGGCUUGUAAAUUUCCUGAUAUUUCCUUUGUACAUGUGUAUACUCAAUCUUGGUUUUUAUUUUUUGUAUAAGAGGAAACGGACUUUCAGAUGUUUUUUUUUUAAAUUAUCCAUCACAUUCGGUUGCCUCUAUAAAAGAAUUGGUGAUUUUUAAAGUUACAUUCCUGAGAAUAUAAAAUAUACACGAGAAAUUAGGUGGCCAGGAUACAUGUAGAUUUUUUAAGGACCUUCUGGUAAACAGACAACUCACAUGCAUGCAGUGGCAGUAGUAGUAACUUGAAACUUGAAUACAUUUUUGUACAGGGCUGCAGUGUGUCAUUCAUUUUUUAUCAGUAUGCAUAUCAAAUAGUGCGAAUGGGAGUUU